UGUUUGUUAGGUUAGGAGGUUGGAGACCGGGAAUUGUUAUCAACGCCUUAUCUUUUGUUAAUGAAAUUAUUGUUUGUAAUUUUAAGUACAUUAUCUCAAUGCUUUUUACUCGAGCAGGUUUCAUAAAUCGCCAUACUCAGCUAAGUAAGAGUUUAUUUUUUCUGAAAUUAUCACCUAUAUUUUGCACAAUGAGUUUAGCGAGAUAUCAACAUAACCUCAUUGCAGUUUGUCAAAUGAGUGCUAAAAACAACAAAGAUGAUAAUUUUAAAGUUAGCAAAGAUUUAAUCCACAAUGCAGCUGCAGCUGGUGCUAAGGUAAUUUUUCUUCCUGAGGCGUUUGAUUUUGUUGGGGAGAGCAAAGAAGAAACUUUUAACCUAGCAGAACCCUUAGAAGGACCACUACUUAACAGUUACAAACAACUAGCAAGAAACUGUAAAGUUUGGUUAUCACUUGGUGGGAUGCAUGUCAAGAAAGAUGGGACUCAGUUGCUGACAAAUACCCACUUUAUGAUAAACGAUAAAGGGGACAUCGUAGCAGCUUACGACAAAGUGCAUCUGUUUGACGUCGACAUUCCUGAAAAGAAGAUAAGACUUAAAGAAUCUGAUAUGAUCCAACGAGGUGAAAAUAUACUACCACCUAUUGAAUCACCCGUAGGAAAAAUCGGACUAGCAAUAUGCUAUGAUUUAAGGUUUCCAGAGUUGAGUUUAACUCAAACUGCUCUGGGGGCUCAAAUCCUGACAUUCCCAUCAGCAUUUACAUUUGCCACUGGCUCCGUCCACUGGGAGGUUCUCCUGCGAAGUAGAGCCAUUGAGAAUCAGUGUUUCGUUGUUGCCGCAGCUCAGACUGGCGUGCACAACAAGAAACGUUCGUCUUGGGGUCAUGCUAUGGUGGUUGACCCGUCAGGAACUGUGAUAGCCCAAUGUUCAGAAGGCACUGGGUUUGCAUUGGCCGACAUUGAUCUUCAGUCGUUACGCAACGUGAGGAUAUCCAUGCCUGUCUGGACCCAUAGGAGAUACGACUUGUACCCGUCCAUGGUCCAGACAUCCUCCCAGGACCCGGACGCUUCCCCCCACUACCAGUUUGGACAAGUCCAAGUUCCUGCGGCUGGAGUGUUUUAUAAGACGAGAUUGUCAUUUGCCUUCACUAACAAGAAAUGUGUUGUUCCCGGCCAUGUUCUUGUAGCACCUCUGAGGCCAGUUACAAGGAUGGACGAUCUGACUCAGUCGGAAGUUGCUGAUCUUUUCCAAACUGUACAAAAAGUUGAAACUGUGUUGGAAAAAGUCCACAACACCACGUCAUCAACUCUAACUGUCCAAGAUGGUCCACUCGCUGGCCAGACAAUAAAGCACGUUCAUGUGCAUGUACUGCCUCGCAAAGAAGGGGAUUUCCCAGAAAACGACCAAAUCUAUCACGAGUUACAAACGCAUGACAAGGAAGAACCUGACAAGAAAUGGAGAACUGAGGAAGAAAUGGCUGCUGAAGCAGAUAUUCUGCGGAAAUACUUUUACUAAGUAUGAUCUAGUAACCAAAGUGAUGUAGACAUUUUGGGCAGGGUGAUACUAGAAUAUUUGUAGGCAAUAUUCACAUUACUAAUAUCAGCCCUCUCUCAGGCAUAGUCUCAUACUUGCUUAGGGGGAUCGGAAUCAAAUCCAGAUACAGUAGUCUAGUCUUGCAGUGGAAUAAGUCCAGCUGGGGCAAAGUCGGAAAACAAAAGAAACGAGAAAAUAUCAAAGAAAUUUGGAUGAUAGAAAAUCAGAUAAUCAAUAUCAAGAUGUGUUUUUAGUAAUGUUAUGAUCCACAGACAAGCAAGAUACACAGGAUACACUCAAUAGUACACUUAAGUAGUGUCUAGCCCCAGUCACUUGUGUCUACUUCAAAUUCACCCCAUCCGCUCUUCUUUGUCCCCUCACCAUCACAUACUACAGCGCUCACUCUGUAGGAAGAGCCUGUGCGCUACAACUGCUGUUGUAAACAAUAGCCGUUCUGGCUCUUCCUGGCUCGGUACUAGUAUAUUUACGCCCCACCAAAUCUAUGGUUCCUCUGUAUAUCUUACUUCUCUGUGUACUUACUUUCAGUCAAAUCAAGAUAUGGGGGAAAAAUACAGUGGGAAUUUCCAAACCAUGUUUGUGCCUAAGUAUAAAUCUAUUAUCAACAUUUGUGUCAUUGUACAGUUGUAAAUAAAGUAUUGUAUUUUCGUA